AUGUCCAACCCCUUCACAUCCCCGCCACAGCGGCGCCCGGCAGAUCUCCUCAUCUCAACAUCAGACAACGAAGUAGAGUUACCAGACUUCGGGUCACCGUUAAGCUCGCCGCGCUCCCAGAGGUCGCAGAAUGCUCCACUCUUGCACUCACUAAGUGCCUCACCAGCACCUGGCCAGCACCCGUGCGAAGCUGGUAGUUCGAUACGACCUCGAUCCCCGCCGCCGCACCUCGCCCGGCUGCUCAAUGAACCGAUAGACCGCCCUUUCUCUCCGAGCGCACGGUUAGCCGAAAACGGUGGCGCUUUGGCUGGAGAUCCCGCGCAGGAGCACACAUCGCUCUUCCCCGAACGCCAUGGCCCCUCCGCGAGGUGGUACCAUGGUCCGCUGUUCCAAGCUGGUAUCAAGCUGGCCAUUCUGUUCGCCGUAUUCUCCACCCUCUGCAUCUUGACAUUCUGGUUCGGAAUGCCAAAGGUAGAACCCUCGCUUUUGCACAAGUACAAGACGCUGUAUCCUGCACGCAUCAUGCUCUGCGGCGUCGUGGCGUACCUCUACGUGCAGGCCUUCACCCUCCCCGGCUCCAUGUACAUCUCGAUGCUGCUCGGAGCGGCGUUCGGCAUCAUCCCCGGCCUUCUCCUGUCCUGCUUCUGCGAAGCGACCGGAUCUGUGCUGUGCUACACGCUGUCGGCUAUCCUUGCGCCGCCGUUACUGGAGCUGCCCUUUUACCGUACUCGGCUGCAAACCUGGCGUACGAAGAUCAUGGGUGACGCGAGCAAGGGGCAGCAAGCGUCCUGGGACAGCGUGUUCACUGUGCUGGUGAUUCUGCGCAUCCUUCCUCUCCCGCCGCACUGGAUUGCAAACUUUGUCGCGCCGCAUCUGGGCAUCAACGUCGCGUUCUUCUGGCUCACGGCGUUCAUCGGUAUGAUCCCCAUGUCGGUGAUUCAUGUCAUGAUCGGCUCGUCGCUUGACCAGAUGACGUCGGCGGACGACUUCCACCUGAUCAGUGUGCGGAACGUGCUCGGCCUGGCUGCUGUCAUCGUUGCCGUCCUGAUCCCGAUCACGCUGAAGCGCAUCUUCAAGAAGGACUUUGGCGACCUCGCCGACACUCCUGCCGGGCAGCAGGAUGUGGACCACAUCGACGACAUUCCCGCCCCCCAGCCGAUCGAGUUCGACGAGCACGGUCUUCCUAAGGGCUACCAGGAGGUGGACGGGGGCGUGCGCGUCGCCGGCGGUCCGGCAGAGGAGGAGGAGCUGCUCGUCGAUGUCCCUAAGGCGAAGUACACGCCGCGCGGACGGCCAAUCGAUGUGCUCACGAACUUUGACGACGAGCCGCCGCAAGGCUCGUUCUACGAGCUGUCGAUGGCACGCCCGAAGCCGAAGAGAGUCUUCGGCGGCAAGGCGAACCGCAGCUACGGCACGCUCGACGCGGGGCCGAGCCGCAAGAACUAA